CGAAAAUUUGUUUUGCCAGGCUUGACCAGCGGAGCUCACUUUGUUACCCACUUGUCUCUGCCAGCGAGCGGCACCGUUCGGCCGGGUUGAGAAGCAGCAUACUUAUAUAGUAAAUUAACCCUCCCCGACUUCCCGUCCCUGGCUCCCCUCCUUCCUUUCUCUGCUCAUCAAGCAAUUCAACUUCAUCCCUUCCGGUUCAUCGGGUAAACCACCCCCCGUCUCCUUGAGCAGGAAGAGAGGCAUCGAAACAUCAUCAUGGGUGUCCUUGAAAUGAUUCGAGGUCGUGACAACACCGCUGCGGUGUCCGACCUCGCCGGCACUGAGGAUCACCAGCCCAAGCAGAACUCGCCUGAGAAUCCGGACACCUCGGGUAGCGACUCCGACCGGAAGAGUCUGGAGGCCCGGAAUGAAAAGGAAAUCGAGGCGCACCCCGGCGAGGUCACCGAGGGGGCUCAGCUGGGUAUCCAAAGGGCCGAGGCCGCUGCCUUGGUGUGGUCGAAGAAGGCGCUGAUUAUCACUUACGCUUGGAUCUGGGUUUCUUUCUUCAUGCUCGCCUUGCAGUCAUCUAUCAGCAGCAUUGCCCAGCAAACUGCCUAUGCUAAAUUCCAAAGCGCGCCCGCCGUCAGUACGGCCAACAUCCUGGCUACCAUCGUCGGUGGUGUGCUAAAGCUCCCCAUUGCCAAAACCCUGAACCUGUGGGGUCGUGCUGAGGGUUUGUGCGCCUCCGUCGCGGUCUACAUUCUCGGAAUCAUCAUUCUCGCGGCGUGCGAUGGUCCGUCUUCGUACUCGGCAGGCUAUGUCAUCUACUGGGUGGGCUACGACGGUAUCUACCUUAUUCUGCAGGUCUUCCUCGCCGAUACCUCCGGUCUGCGGAACCGAGCCUUCGCCUUCGCCUUCGCCAACACUCCUUUCAUCUGUACCGCCUUCACUGGUUCGCUUGCAGGACAAAACUUUGUCCAAAACACUGGUGGAUGGCGUUGGGCCUAUGGUGCUUUCACGAUUAUCAUGCCCUUCGUCUUCCUUCCCCUUGCCGUUGUCUUCAAGUACUACGAGAAGAAGGCGCUCAAAUCGGGCGUGUUCAACCCUCCCAAGAGUGGCCGAACUACCACCCAGUCCAUCUUGCAUUACUGGCAUCAAUUUGACGUGGUCGGUGCUCUGCUGUUGAUGGCUGGUUGGAUCCUUAUCCUUCUGCCUUUCAGUUUGGCUAGCUACGGAAGAGCGGAGUACAAGAGUGCAACCUUCAUCUGCAUGAUCAUCUUCGGAUUCUUCACGCUACUACUUUUCGCUGCCUGGGAGAAGUUCGUCGCCCGUGUGCACUUCAUCAACUAUGAAUUGCUCAAGAAGCGCACCGUUCUGGGUGCUUGCACCAACUCCGCCAUUCUCAACUUCAGUUUCUAUUGCUGGGAUCUGUAUUUCCUCAACUUCUGUACGGUUGUGUACGAUCUCAGCCAGGGAAUGGCUGGCUACAUGAUGCAGAUUUACAACGUCGGCUCGUGCUUCUGGGGUGUCGUCAUCGGUCUCUGGAUGCGAUUCACCAAGGAAUUCAAGUGGACCUCGCUGUGCUUCGGUCUUCCUCUCUUGAUUCUCGGCGCUGGUCUGAUGAUCAAGUUCCGUGGCGACGGCGGCACGGACGACAUCGGCUACCUCAUCAUGUGUCAAAUCUUCAUUGCCUUCGGUGGUGGUACCUUGGUUAUUGGUAACGAAAUGGGUGUCAUGGCUGCCGCUGACCGUGAGGGUGUGCCUAUGAUGCUGUCUGUCCUCGGUCUCUUCAGCAGUCUGGGCGGUGCCAUCGGACAGGCCGUGCAAGCCGCCAUUUACAACAACCUCUUCGUUGAGGCCCUGGAGUCGGCUCUCCCGGCCAGCGAGAAGUCUCAGGCCAUGCAGAUCUCGCUGGAUGGCUACUUGGUCCAGCAGACGUACCCCGUCGGUUCCGAGAAGCGCAACGCCGUCAACUACGCCUGGGGUUACAGCCAGAAGUAUGGUGCCAUUGCCGCUACCGCUGUUCUGGCCCUUUCUAUCCCUGCCAUUGCCAUCUGGAAGAACUACCGCCUUAACAAGAAACAGAACAAGGGUACCGUGCUCUAGAGCUUUUCUUGGUUUGGAAUACAACACAAAGAUACCCAAAAUUUACACAUCUUAUAGAGUGGAUGGAUGUGACUUUAAUCGUUGGUGAGAAACAGGGCGGUUUGCUUUACUUUUUGCGACGCAAUCAAAAGAAUAUCUAAUCUUACUGCUUUUUAAUAGUUGUUUUCUCUCUGUUGUACUUUUUAUGUGACUUUCUUUUUUUUUCCAUUCUCCAUCGCGCACGCUCUUCUCCCUUCUGUGCAAUGAACGCAUCCGAAGAAUCACGAUUCUAGCAUAGCCAUAGUUUCUAUGCAGACAUUUAAUGAAAAAGAAAUACCAU